UUCAGGCGCGUUACUUGGUAUCAUACCGCCUCGAGCGCUGCUGGCCAGAUGGCAGCGCGAGGUAAUCUUCUUAAUAGCGCGCGCCGCAUGUUCUGAAUGAGACAGGGAGGCACACAAAAAAAGGAAUAACAACUUCAACAAGUUCAGCUUUAACCUAAUGUUUGUAAACGAAGACGGACAAAGUUAUUUAGACGUGUUUUACAAUAGACUACCUUUGAGGGGGGAAGUUAAUUAUUUUACCGGCUGACAGGUGUGAGGAGCAACCUGUUGAAGAUUUGUUUUUUUGACUCAUGCAACAACAAGUGGAAUGCUGGUCGAUGGCAGACGGAUGAUGGGGAAGAGGUUUUUAUAGGAGAUUGUGAAAUCCUACCUAUCAUGUGGAGGCUUUGGUUGUGGUUUGCCUGAUUUGCGGAUGUGGGGGUGAGGGACAGAGACUGUGUAACUGAGGACUAAUCUCAGUAGCUUCACCCUAGGGGCCCUGGUCUGUAAAAAUGUCCCUGUAAGCGUGGAAUCCCGGAGCCAUGACAGUCAUCACUUAUUCACACAGCUUGGGGAAGCUACAGAACAAAAUUCCAGUUCUUGAAGAUCCUGCAUCCUUCAGGACUGUUCCGGAACCCGUUGUGAAGAUCCAUAAACCUAGAACUGUGCUGAACUCUUUAAAGAUCCAAGAACUGCAUGGAGUUAAAUGUAUAAAGGUCAAUGAAAAGAAUGAUAAUAAAGAAAAAAAUAUUCUAAGGAAGCUCCAAACAAUGGGCCAAGAUGUUCACAUUUGCAGAAAAGACCAUAGAAAAUAUGUCAAAGGAUCUGUCAAGUUGGCUAAUGAAGAGGAUGACAGCACAGAUCUCGCAGGGAUAUGUUCGUUUACAAAAAAGGGGAAGGAUAUUCUGCAAAUAUACAACAGGAUACAAAACAAGCAGCUCAGGCUUGUGUUUAAAUUGGCAGAUCGCAGCGCAAAUGGAGGGAAAAUAAAGAUGAAUUUCAUGAGACUUGGGCAACCUAAGGUCCAGCUCUGGUUAUGUCUUCUUAUCCUGAGCUUCUGUGCUAAACCUGUUUCAUCACAGGGACAUUUCCCACGAAUGGAGAAUGUUGCAGCUUUCAAACCUGUGUCCACACUGCCGGCUCGAUCCACCUGUGGUUUUCCAAAGCAGAGCAGCUACUGCCAAUCACCUUCCUCACGGGAUGAACUGCAUUUGUGUUUUGAAGCCAUGUGUGUCCAGGAGUGCCCCUAUAGAUCCUCCACACCACCGUAUGCGCAACUGCUCUUCGCUCCACAAAGGGGUACCUGUGUAACUGAAGAUGUGGUUGACACUCAUCCUGGGACGGAAACAGCGGCUGGAAGCACAACAAGUCCAGAUGGACUUUCUGUUGUAGCUCAGAGUGUACUGUUUCAGCCCAGCGAAGAUGGAUGUCUGGUCACUCCUCCUUCACAGGCAAUAGGACCACGUGGUUCCCUUACUUUGGCUGUCUGGUUAAAGCCAAGCUCCAAUGGAGAAAUGAUGUUGCUGGAGAAAAGCUCAGAGAAGCGGUUGGUCUUUUCUUUGACAGUAUCAGAGCGAGCUGUAACCUUCCGAUACAAUGCGACCAAUGGUCGGACCUCUCCUAGUGUAAGCUUCAGAACAGAAGGACGGCUACAGCUGAACAGAUGGACUCAUCUUACUUUGCAGAUCUACGACAGGCAUGCAAAUCUUUUUCUUGAUGGACUUGAAGAUGACCAAACACCGUUUGACACAAAACAUCUGAUGAGCCCACUUUCUGAUAUCGACGAGUAUGGUGACAUGUGGGUGGGACUUGGCUCCAAUGGGUCUAAUCGGUUCAUUGGGCGGAUGCAGGACUUUAGAUAUUAUCCUACUACACUGACCAACAGAGAAAUAGUCCAGUUGUAUUCCGGAGUCAUGCCAAAGCUGCAUGUCCACUCUGAGUGCCGCUGUCCUUCCAGCCAUCCCAGAGUACAUCCAUUAGUUGAGAGAUACUGUAUUCCUAAUGCUGUUGAGGACACCACUAAUGACAGGGUCUUGAGACUAAACAUCAACGCUCAUCCACUUAGUUACAUUAAUGAUCAAGAUAUGGGCACCAUGUGGCUGUCUAAGGUCAUGAGUUUGCAGGAGCUAGAUGACGGAAUCACUAUUACAGUGGAUUUGGCUAAUGGACAAUAUCAGGUGUUCUACGUUAUAGUGCAGUUUCGGGGGCCUUUGCCUGAGUCAGUUUUGAUUCAGAGACAGAAGCUUCCUUUUUCUGAGCAGGAGAUGGAUAUGACAGAGCAAUCCUGGUUAGAUUGGCAGUAUAUGGCCAGAAACUGCAAUGUUUUUGAUAUGCAAAACAAUGGACCAUUACCAAGACCAGACUCUGUCAACUGCCAGCAAAUGCCCAGUGAUGUGCCACUUUUAGGAGGUAAUAUCACCUUUAGUCUCCUGACCACACAGCCACAUCCGAGGCCAGGAUAUAAUGACUUCUAUAAAACUCCUGGCCUGCAAGAGAUGGUGCUAGCUUCCCAGGUCAGAAUACAUAUGAAAGGACAAUACCACACCGGAGCCGAUGGAGUCGACCAGCGACACAGACACUUUGCCAUAAGUGAGAUCACAAUCAGUGGCAGAUGUGAGUGUCACGGCCAUGCAGAUCAGUGUGACACCAGUGUGACCCCUUACCGCUGUCUGUGUCUACCUGAGAGCCACACCGUGGGAAAUAAUUGCGAACGCUGUGCACCACUCUACAAUGACAAACCCUUCAGGUCAGGUGAUCAGCUCCAGCCUAUGAACUGCAGACUCUGUCAGUGUUAUGGUCAUGCUGUUUCUUGUCAUUAUGAUGUCCUUGCUGACGAGCAUCCACAUGAGCACUAUCGUGGAGGAGGAGGAGUCUGUGACCACUGCAUGCACAAUACUACAGGAAAGAACUGCGAGCAGUGUGUAAGUGGAUUCUUCAGGAUGCAGGAAUUUGAUCCAACCUCAGCUCAUGUGUGUCAGCCCUGCAACUGUAACCCUGCUGGAACUGUCCAAGGUACCGCAGAGUGUGCCCAGGUUGGAGGACAGUGUCACUGCAAGGUUGCAGUAACAGGCCGUCAAUGCACUCAUUGUUUGCCUGGUUGGUAUGGUCUCGAUGCUACAAAUCCAAAUGGCUGCACAUCCUGUAACUGUAGUGACCAAGGAACCAUGAGCCCCUCAACAGUAGAAGUUUCCAUCUGCAACCAGGACACAGGGCAGUGCCACUGUAAACCCCAUGUCACAGGUCUGUCAUGUGACCGCUGUGAGUUUGGAUAUUGGAACCUUUCCCACCCAGAUGGCUGCAUCCCAUGUGACUGUGACCCUUUGGGUUCCCUCAGUCCAUUUUGUGAGCCCAAUGGGGGGCAGUGUGAGUGCAAGCCUGGGGUGGGAGGCCGUCAAUGUGACUUAUGCGGUAGGGGAUUGUAUGGUUUAACAAUAGAGGGAUCCUGUGCCCCCUGCAACUGCUCACUUGAUGGGACAGUACCUGGGACAAACUGUGAUCCAUACACAGGCCAGUGUGUAUGUAAGGAAUAUGUAGAAGGCCAUCAUUGUGAUUCAUGUCGUCGUGGUUACCACACCCUUGAGCAUCGCAACAGCCUGGGCUGCCUGCCGUGUCUAUGUGACAUCAGUGGAACUUUGUCAGAGGGUGUGUGCAGUAAGAAGACAGGACAAUGCCCCUGCAAGGAAGGAGUCGAGGGAGCCCACUGUACCAGCUGUAUUCCAAACUACUAUAAUAGUAGUUUGGACCAUGAGAGUUUUUCACAGGGCUGUGUGCCAUGUAUCUGUGACCCCAGGGGAACAGUGACAGGGUCAACAUGUGACAGCAACACAGGGCAAUGUGUUUGUAUCCCACUGCGACAAGGAAAGGACUGCAGCAGCUGCCGACCUGGCUUCUACCUCAGCCCAGAUCAUAGCAUGUGUUUGGAGUGUGACUGCCAUCCUAUGGGAGCAAUGCAACUUAGUUGUGAAAGCCAGAAUGGACAGUGUGUCUGUGCUCAUCCCUCAGUGGGAGGAAGACGCUGUGACCAAUGUCGUGAGAACUUCUUUGGAUUUAACCCUGGUCUGGGAAGAUGUCAGCCUUGUGCUUGUGACCCAUACGGCAGUCUCAAUAGUUCAUGUGAUCCAGACACAGGUGUGUGUACAUGUAAGCUGUUGGUAACUGGAGAUAAAUGUGAUUCAUGCCAGCCUGGAGCCAUUUCAUUUGAUCCAGAGAACCCCUUCGGAUGCAGCAAAGCCCCUUCCCAGCAGCCUGCACCACUUGGUCUGGCUCCUAGUUACUCCUCAAUCUAUCUCUCGUGGCAUCCACCUGACUCCCCAAAUUCACACAGACUCAACUACACUCUCAUGAGGGAUGGACUCUCAGUUCAUACCAUUCAAAGUCAUUUUCCAUUUAAACUGGAAUCCUUUGAAGAUGGUAAUUUGUUUCCAUUUACCAACUACUCCUACUGGCUCAUAACAGCAAAUGUGGCUGGUGAGACAAUAAGUGCAUCAGCCUCCUACCAGACUUUAGGAGCACCUCCUUCUGCAGAGCAGCUUGUCUUAAACCUCCUUGGACGACCAGGUCCAUACAGUGCAAGCUUUAACUGGAGCAUACCGAGAAAUGAUAAAGGUCCAGUCCAAAGGUUUGUUUUAUCCUCAGUGGGGUCAUCUAAUGAAGCAGAGCCAGUUAUUCACUACACAGGUUUAUCUACAGAGGCUGUGGCUAGCGGUUUAAAGUCCUUUACGCAGUACUCUGUAACACUGAAGGCAUGCUCUUCUGGCGGUUGCACCUCUGGCCCACCAUUGUCUAUUCUCACAGCUGCUGCACCCCCACAAAACCAGUCUGCUCCCAGAAUCAAUGCUACAGGACCUCAUACGCUGCAUGCUUUUUGGGAGCCCCCUAGUCAGCCCAAUGGUGUUAUUACAAAGUAUGAGUUGUAUCUCCGUGGGCCUUUGGAAAUGAACCAAGUGUCAAGUUUUAACUCUGAGAGGAGAGUUUUCUUCAGCUCUGGUUGGCUGGAUCCAAGUGUCGUCCCACAACCAAAGCCAGCCAAGAGGAGUUCAUUGUCCGCCCCUGAAAAUAGUACCAUCAUAGAGGGUCUUCAGGCAUUUUCAGUUUAUCAGCUGAGAGUUGUUAGCAUCAACAGUGCUGGAAAUGUUUCAUCGGAUUGGACCACUGCACACACCUUGGAGGGAGUCCCAGAGUUUGUGGCUCCUCCAGAUGUAUCUGCACUAUCAUCCAGCUGCCUCAACAUUACAUGGAACUCUACUGAGGGUUAUGGCAUCAUUGCCAGAGGGCAGGUCACGGAGUACAGAGUCAAUUUACUAACUGAGCAAUUCUCCAAUCCCUAUGCUCCUCCUGUUGUCAGUCAGGUCUUGCAUAGAAUGGGGCCAUCAUCACUGCCUGCUUACAUCGUUCAAGGAUUGAAACCGUACCAUGUGUACAACUUCACUAUCACGCUGUGCACAAGAAUGGGUUGCAUUACAAGUACACCCAGCUCAGGGCGGACCUUACCAGCAGUGCCUACAGGACUGAGUCCACCUCGUUUACGUCCCGUAAAUGAAACCACCAUUCAGAUAGAUUGGGAUCCUCCAGAUCAACUUAAUGGACCAAGCCCACUGUAUCAGGUGGAAAGGACAGAUGUUUCGCUCUCUGACCCACAAGAACCAGUUGUAAGAGGGACCAGAUUCAUAGGGAAUGGUUUCUAUCAGUUCCCCAGUGAUACUCUUCCCAGCAACACUGACUUUACAGGUGUUGAGCUGAGUUUUAGGACUUGGUCCCCAGAUGGCCUCCUGCUGUGUGCCUUCUCUCCAGGAGAUCAGGCUGAGUUUUUGGCAAUUCAGAUAAAAAAUGGACGUCCAUAUUUUCUGUUUGAUCCACAGGGGUCAGCAGUGGCUGUAGGUUUACAGGAUGAUGGGGGGCGCCAUUACAAUGAUGGCCAGUGGCACAGCCUAAGAGCAACCAGAAAAGGCGCCAUGGGAACAGUUGUCAUAAACCAUCAAUAUAGUGGAAGUGCAUCAGCACCCAGUGGUAACAGCAUUAUUGGUGAAAACAUGGGUUUGUUCAUUGGAGGCCUGCCCGAAGAAUUUGCUCUUCUAAGGGAUGAUUCAGGGGAUACGAAACUGGUGCGAAGGGGCUUCUCUGGCUGUCUAAGGGACGUUAGUUUAAAGAUGACUGACAACCCUUUAGAGGAAUGGAAAUUACUGGAUUGGAAAAAAGCCACAAAGAAGUUGGCAGUGUACGAAAGCUGGGAAGGAUGUCCUCUUCAUACUGUGGAAGGAGUCCAUUUUCUUGGGGAUGGUUAUUUGGAGUUAGACGCAGGUGUUUUCAGUGAAGGACAAAACUUCGACAUUUCCAUGGAUUUCAGAACUGACCAGCUCAGUGCACUUUUGCUGUUCACAUACAGCUCACAAACUGAUGAUUAUAUGCUUGUUGAACUGGAAGCUGGUCUCUUGUCUUUUAUUCUUUCUUCUGGAGGCCAUGUGACUGAACUUCGUAUGUGGGUGGGACUUAGCUACUGUGAUGGAGACUGGAAGCAUUUGUCAUUGGCAAAACGGGGUUCUCUCAUCUCUGCUGCAUUGGAUGAGGUGGCCGAGGAAAUAAGGGGAGUGGGGGGGGCAGCAAGACUGAGAGCUGAAUCACCGAUGUACCUCGGCGGCGUACCAAUUGAACUCUCGCACCAGGCUCUGAAUGUUCAUAGUCACAAACAUGGGCUUGGAGGCUGCAUACGGGGUCUAACUGUUCGCAGUGAUGAAAGAAAUCCUUCUGCCAGACAAAGUAUUAAUCUCUCAGUUGCCUAUCGCCGCUCUGUUAGAGUCAACUUAGAUGGCUGCCCCACCAGUGAAAGCCGGUUUAACUGCAGAGGAAAUGAUUCAGUGCUUGUGUACACUGGAGGACAGACAAAAGCCACAGAUCAUAGUUUGCAGCCUUUUACAGAGUACUUGUACAGGUUUGUCGCCUUGGCUCCAGGAGGUUUGGCAGCAUCACCAUGGCAGAGAGGUCGAAGCCGUGGCCAAGUACCUACAUCUGUACCACCUCCAUCCACAGUGCAGAGUAUCAGUGGCUUCAGUGCCAAGGUGAGCUGGAUUCCACCUACAGGUGACAUCCGAGGGCUUAUUGACAGAUAUGAGCUUAAAGCCUACAAUAAGGACCACCCAGAGGUACCACCUAUCACAGCCACUUACCUGGCUAAUGGCAAUUUCACAGGUGUGAUGACUGGUCUCACUCCAUCAACUCAGUACAUUGUUACUGUAAGUGCAUGUAGUCCUGCUGGCUGCUCUGAGAGUCCUGUUGGUAACAGUGGUGAUGAUAAUGAUGUAAGAUCAAGCUUCAAAACCCCAGAAGAAGUUCCAGACAGUGUCUCGCCUCCACUUGCAGUUUCAUCUCCUUCAGCUCUGUUUAUCACCUGGGAACCUCCAGCUAGGCCAAAUGGAGAUAUUACGGAGUAUUUGCUCUAUCACAACGAUGAAAUGGUCUACAGAGGAAAAAACAGGGACCAUAACAUCACUGGUCUUGGUGUGUACUCAACUAACUUAUUGGUACUGAGUGCUUGCACUAAAGUGGGCUGUACCAACAGUUCACGAGUUACAGCUCUGACCUCUCAGCUUCCACCUGGGCCACUACAUGCACCAAGUCUCACCUUGCUGGACUCAAGGACUUUAUUUGUGGAGUGGUCACGUCCCUCACAGAUAAAUGGCGUUUUGAAGUCCUACUCCGUCUUUCUGUCACAAGAUGGUUCUGAGCCCAUGCUUGCUUUUAACAGCUCAGAACUUACUGAAGAGCACACACUUCGCAGCCUAACUCCAGGAACAUCCUACUCCGUCACCGUGGCUGCCUGCACAGGAGGUGGGUGCACCAAAAGCCCCCCAAGCCAAAUUCAGACAGAGGAGAGUACCCCAGAAAACGUUCCUGCACCGCUGGUCAUCCCCCUGUCCCCACAUUCACUGAACGUUAGCUGGACCCCUCCUGAGACUCCUAAUGGUGUUAUAACAAGCUACGGUCUCUGGAUGGAUGGAGUUCUAGUUUUUAACUCCAGUUCCUCACAGGAGUUCUUCGUAGUGGAAGGACUUUCUCCUUGGAGCCGUCAUGUUAUUAGACUGCAGGCAUGCACAGCACAGGGCUGUGGCAAAGGACCAAUGGUGGAGGCACAUACUUUGGAGAUGGCCCCAGAAGGCCCUAUACUUCUGGAGUUGACCAAUCAGAGUUCUAGAUCUCUCCGAGCCCGCUGGACUUCCCCUCCUAGACCAAAUGGAAAAAUCCACUACAAACUGUACUACAAAAGCAAAGAUGGUCAUGGUGUGUUGGACGGGGGAUCAGCAGCAGGCAUUUGGUUGUCUGUAUCUGACCUAGAGCCCUACAAAAACUACAGCUUCUGGAUCAGAGGAUGUAACACACAGGGUUGUGUUGAGAGCCUGCCACUCAACCUCACUACACCUCCAGCAGCCCCAGAUGGAUUGUCACCUCCGACUUUAGUCGAUGCAUCCAGCACCAGUCUAAAUGUAUCGUGGUCUGCACCUGUCAAGUCUAACGCCCCGGGACCUCUCCUGUACAGUUUGCAAAUGAGAACAUCUCCACAGAACUCUAUCAUAAGGCUUCUGGAAAAUGAAACAGAAACUCGCUCCUAUAAUGUUGAGGGUUUGUCACCAUUCACCAACUACCUGUUCCGAGUGGUGGUUUCACAUUCCCAUGGACAGACGGUGGGGCCUUGGGCAACCCUAUGUACAGCUGAGGAUCAUCCAGGACCAAUAGACAUACCGACUGUUAUGGGACUUCAUCCUCGGACUGUAUUAGUUACUUGGGAUCCUCCAGCUCAAAGAAAUGGAAUCAUUACAAAUUACACCCUUUAUCUUUACUCAGACUCCAUCACCUCUCUAGAUUAUAACCCUAAUUUAGUCACCAGCUCGUCCUACAACUCAGAUUUAUCAUCAGAACCAAGCCUGACUUCCACCACUGAUGCAGUACUCAAUUCAGAUUCUAACUUAUUGACAUCAUCAAAUCCUGGCAGACCUGAGGACUCUGUGGCUACUGUAGAUUAUGAUAACAAAUUGAGCAUAAUUCAAGAAAAUGCACACAUCAACCACUUCUCCACCAUGAUUCCUAGUGUUGUUGAAAAGACAGAGACAUCUAGUGAAAAUACUAAAGGUCAUGACAAAAAUAUGAUCUUAUUCAAAACAGCUGAGCCUAACAGCAGCAGUUUAAAUCCAGACAUCUCACCAUCAGUCCCAUAUUAUCCUGAAAGUAGCUUGGGUCCCAAUCAUUUUAUUACACCAUCUACCAGUCCCGUCUCCCCCUUUUCUGCUACUAAUUCUGGAUCCACUCCACUCUCUGUCACUGUUCCUGGAAAUACCACCAGUUACACUUUCCUCAAUCUACUUCCCUACCAAACAUUUCACCUCCAGGUGAGAGCGUGCACAAGGGUCGGUUGCUCAGUGUCAGAGACAUCUCAGUAUUUCCAGACUCUACCAGCUCCACCUGAAGGGGUGCCUGCACCUCACCUUUACUCCGAAACACCGACAUCUGUUCUCUUAUCCUGGGGUGCACCAGAAAAAAGCAAUGGACCACUAGAACGUUGGGUGAUCGAGCGAAGAGUUGCUGGAACCCAACAAGUCUCCACAGUAGGCCAUCUUCCACCCUUUCCUCCCCCUCUUUCGUUCCUGGACUCCUCCUCAGCUCUCAGUCCUUGGACAGGCUACCACUAUCGGCUUGUGCUCCAUAAUGAGGCUGGAAAGGCUUCUGGGCCCUGGGCCAGUGUCACCACCAGACCUUCUCGGCCAGCUGGAUUGAAUCCCCCAAGAGUAAAAGUUCUUGGAUCCGACUCGCUUCAAGUCACAUGGUCACCACCUUUGAUUCCUAAUGGAGAGAUUCAUGGAUAUGAAAUCCGUCUCCCUGAACCGCGAAUCUUUCAUGACACCAUAAAUUCCACGGAGCUCAAUGUCACUAUAAUAGACCUUGUUCCAUACACAAAUUACAGUGUGACUGUGCUGGCAUGUUCAAAAGGUGGAGGAUAUGUGGGUGGAUGUACAGAAAGUCCUCCAACUCCUGGUUCCACUUUACCAACAAGACCUGAAGACCUUUCACCUCUAACAGUAGUGCCAGUCAGUGAAUCUUUUCUGGCCAUUUCCUGGCAAACACCAAAUCGGCCUAAUGGACCCAACAUCAGAUACAAGUUGCUCAGACGUAAAACCCACCAACCCCUGGCCGUCACCAUGGUUCCCACAUUAACAGCCACUUCCCCACCCCCCUCUGAAGAUCUCCAUCGCUGGUUCCAUGUUUACUCCGGCACCAAAUUGUUCUAUGAAGAUAAAGGCCUAAGCAGAUUUACCCGUUACCAGUACCAGCUUGUGGUUUAUAACGAUGUGGGCUUCACUUCAGGAGAUAUUGUUACUGCAAUGACAUUGGCAGGGGCUCCUCUCAAACCUCCUACUCUGUCUGCUCAUGCUAUCAAUCACACAGCUGUACAAGUCAACUGGAAUAAACCUUCUUUGCAUGACCUGCAGGGAGAAGUGGAAUCAUUCUUCCUCUCAAUAAACUACUCUGAGUCCAGUCCAUUGAUGUGUUAUGGACCUGAGGUCAAGUCAGCUGUGAUAGGAAACCUUUGGCCCAGGACAACCUAUUUGAUAUCGCUGCAGGUGUUCAAUGGUGCACAUAACACAACUAAAGCAUUGGUUGACGUCACGACGGCUGAUGGAGAGCCAGAAGGGAUGUCAGCUCCUGAAGUGGUUCCAGUAAACAGCAGCACAGCACGUGUCCUCUGGUUCCCUCCUUAUCGACCCAAUGGAGUAGUUACUGGUUACAACAUCUACGUUAAUGAUCGCCUUCACAGCAGUGUGGACAACAGCUCUGGUUCAUACCUUCUGGGGGACCUACUACCUCUUACAGUCUACAAUAUACAAGUGGAGGUGUGCACGCUGUAUGCAUGUACUCGGAGUAAUAUUACUGAAACAACCACUGUUGAAGACCUGCCAGCUGACCUGCCCAGUCCAAAUGCCCAAGUAAUCAGUCCUAGAGUGGUGAGAUUAGAAUGGGCCCAUCCGGGCAAACCCAGUGGGAUCAUGCUGGGCUACAAGGUUUUAAGACGGACCCUUAGAUCAUGCACCGAUGGGUCAAUGGGGUCAUCCUCAGCCAGUGCCCAUGGUUUAAAAUUUAAAUGUUCCUACCUGGAGUGUCCUGUGGGUAACAGCGUUUGUGGGACAUCCUGCUUUCAUCCUGAAUCACAGGUAUGUUGCAAUGGAGUACUGCACAAAAGACAGCCACAUCAUCAUUGCUGUGAUGAGCUUUAUUUAAGUUGGAAUGAUUCUUCCAACCCUGUGUGCUGCGAUAGCAAACUUGUCCCAUCUCGCCCUAAUCAUCAAUGCUGUGGAGGAUACUUUAUUCUUAUAAAAAACGAUGAAUACUGCUGUCCUGACCACUUGCAGGGACGGGUCUCUGUGGGGCCUGGUGACAGCUGCUGUGGGGGGGUUCCUUAUUCCAUGACAGGGGGCCAGCUCUGCUGCAGUGGGAAACUACAUGAUGGCUAUGGGCUCCAAUGCUGCGGAGGCCUGAUAGUAGAUGACACCUUGGUUUGCUGCAAGGAUGCUGUGCAUAUAUAUAAACCAGGGUUUAUCUGCUGUGGAGAAGAGUAUGUCAACUCUUCAACCUCUCUCUGCUGUGUUGACAACGAUGGAGCUGCCACGAUUCACCCCUCUGGUAAUGCCACAGUGACACUGCAGUGCUGUGGGUCAAAGGUCAUACAUCUGGAUGAAGAAUGCUGCAAUGGGAUCGGUUUCGACCCCCAACGGCAUGUCUGUGCUGAUCAGGCCACAGCUGGACUGCUGAUACCGCACCAGUGUUUUCAGGGCGCUGUCUGUCCUGUGGCUGCUGCAGCUAUAGCUUAUUGUGGCUCCUGCAACCUUGAUCCUUCUUUAACUGCCUGCACAUGGGUCCUGAAUGCACAUCCAGACCCCAACACACCAUCCAUGACACAAGUGUCAUUCAUCAGCCCCACGCUGGAAACCCUCCCUACGCUGCCAGCACAUGCAAACAGAAGUAAAGCCAUAACAUCUGACGGAAAGAAUCACACGAAUACUGAGCACCCAGAGGCAGGCGGAAAUCUGUGCCCUUCACAUGAGGAGGUGGUCUACAGCGGUGACGCCAGUGCUCACACAUUUACAGACACUGAUCUGGAGCCCUUUACAACUUAUGCGUAUCGAGUGAUGGGCUGGAACAGCUUUGGCCCAGGUUCCAGUGAUGUUACCACAGUGACAACCAGUGAAGACAAGCCAUGGGGAGUGGCCCCACCCCGCUGGAGUUGCCUAAGUGAACGAGAUGAUAUCAUCCAACUGCAAUGGGAAGCUCCUGCAAGGCCUAAUGGCAUUAUAACCCAUUAUGUUGUGCUGCGAGAUGGACAAGAACGUUACCGUGGAGAUGAGAAUACUUUCACUGAUGUGGGAGGGAUCAGGCCGUAUCAGGAGUUCUUCUACCAGUUGAGGGCCUGUAACCAUGCUGGCUGUACUGAGAGCACAAAGGUGGUGGCAGUGACAGCCCAGGGGGUUCCAGAGAAUGUAGAGCCUCCGGUGGUAACAGCUGUUAGCUCCACCUCUCUCCACAUCAACUGGUCUGUGCCUUCUCGUCCAAAUGGAGUCAUCCAGAGGUACCACCUGAAUCAGACUGGAGUCGGAACCAUAGUCACACACAGUGGUGGACGUAAAAAUUAUACUGUGACGGGUUUGCAGCCAUAUUCGGACUACAGUUUUUUGGUGGUGGCAUGUACGACUGUAGGAUGUGCAGCCAGCGAACCUUCUACAGGACGCACAAUGCAAGCCUCGCCUAGUGGUGUGUGGUCCAGCCCUAGACACCUGGUAUUAAACACAUCCACUGUGGAACUGUACUGGGAUCAGCCAUCUCAGCCUAAUGGACAUGUGUUCCAGUACACUCUUAUAAGAGAUGGUCGCACUGUUUUUACUGGAGAUUACAGGGACCAGAAUUUUACUGAUACUGGACUCCUGCCAAAUCACAGGUAUUUCUAUGAAUUGGAGGCCAGUACAGCAGGCGGCAGUGGGUUGAGUGAGAAAUAUGCUGUAGAUACGCCAGUCUCCUGCCCCACUGGAAUCCCACCCCCCUUCGACAUGACAGUUUUAGGCCCUCACUCCGUAUCACUUACCUGGUCCCCUCCUGCUCAUCUAAACAGCAGUCAGUCUGUCUUCUACAAUGUCCUGUUGAAUCCAGGAAGUCACAAAACCAUAAGUCGUCAUGCUGGACAAGACUUGCACCUCUCUGUGAUGGAUCUGGAGCCUUUCACCACUUACUACAUACGAAUACAGGCCUGUCAGAAUGAGGGAUGUGGGGUUGGAGAUGGUGUCUACAUCCGCACUUUAGAGAAAACUCCAGAAGGUCUGCAGCCCCCCACAGUAAAGGCCCUGGGGCCUAAUGUUUCGGAGAUCCAAUGGACACCUCCAAAGAAGCCGAAUGGACUCAUCACAUCCUAUCAUAUAUACAGGCGACCAUUAGGAACAGAAGAGGAGUUGCUGGUUUUUAUUUGGUCCAUGGGGCCCCUUGAAUUUGUUGAUGCAAGUCCCACCCUGCAACCAUUCAGCUUCUUUCAGUACAAGGUUAGUGCCCAUAACUCCAAAGGCUCAGUGACCAGUCUGUGGGCUCUAGUCCAAACAUUAGAGGCACAACCACAAGAAAUGGCACCCCCUGUUAUCAUACCCACUGGUGCUUAUUCCGUUUACUUGAGAUGGCGUCAACCAGGCCAGCCCAACGGUCUUAUUUCCUGUUAUAGACUGGUUUACAUCAAGCACCUGCAGGACCCAACUCUGAACUCAACUACUUACACAGCUCUCACUGUAGAGGGUUCAGUGUUGGAGGCAUCAGUCUUUGGUCUUGACCCAUACAGUCAGUACAGUCUCUGUGUGGAAGCUGUGAAUCGGGCAGGUUCUGUUUCCAGUCCAUGGGUGGAGGUCAUGACCUUGGAGGCUUCCCCAGCAGGUCUGGGAAACAUUACAAUAGAGCAGAAGGAGGAGGGUAGAGCUUUGCUGCUCAGCUGGGAGGAGCCACGUUCUCCAAAUGGAGUCAUCACGAUGUAUAAUUUGUACAGUGAGGGGAACCUGGAGUUCAGUGGGUUAUCACGGAGUUUCCUGUUUCGUCGUUUGGAGCCAUGGACUGUUUACUCUCUGACUCUUGAAGCCUGUACCUCGGCAGGAUGCACGCACAGCCCUCCUCAGCACAUCACCACAGCGGCUGCACCACCUGCAUUGCAGCUGCCCCCUAAGCCUCUUUCUGUUGGCUCUGACCAUGUGUCCUUUACUUGGGAGCCUCCCUCACAACCCAAUGGGCCAAUUGGAGAAUAUUCUCUGCUUUGGAGGAGACUGAAAGAGAGCGGGACAUCGCAAAUAAAUGAAGAAGAUACCGAUGGGGGAAAGUUGCUCUUCCCAGAAAUAUCCCCUCAGCGAACCGAAUCCCUCUCCUAUACCGUGACCGGUUUGCGUCCCUGGACCCAAUAUGAGUUUAGCAUCUGUACUCACAACCCAGCCGGACACACCUGCAGCUCCUGGGUAACUGUUACAACAAGACAAGCCCCUCCUCGUGGCCUCACCGCUCCAAGAGUGAGACACGUCCAUGGCCGACCCAGUGAGCUGGUGAUAUCCUGGACUCCUCCUUUGGAGCCAAAUGGGGUUAUAAAGUCCUACAGGAUACAGAGAAAUAAUGUCAGCUUCUCAUUCAGUUUUGACCCGACUGUCUUGACCUACACAGAUGAAGACCUGCAUCCAUUCUCAACUUACAGCUAUUCAGUGACAGCCUGCACUUCUGAGGGAUGUACAACCAGCCCCUGGACUAACAUCACAACGCUAGAGGCCCCACCUGAGAUGGUAGAUCCCCCCACAAUGGAUGCCAUAACUUCUGAUAUUAUAAACAUUUCAUGGAGUAAACCGCUGAUGCACAACGGAGAGGUGACAGAAUAUAUCCUGAAAAUGAACAACAAAGAGGCCUAUCGUGGGAGAGACUUUGGUACAGUGCUGUCAAAUCUGCAGCCGCAUUCGUCCUAUCAGCUGGUUCUGUUGGCUUGUACCAGAGGUGGCUGCACUACCAGCAAUACGACAACCGUUGUUACUAAGGAAGCUCCCCCAACACAUCUGGCAGUCCCAACUCUUAAGGUUACGGGGCCAGAGUCCGUUGAGAUCACCUGGAGACCCCCCGAUCAUCCUAAUGGGAUCAUCACUGGGUAUGAGCUCUGCAGAGAUGGUGAAGUUAUCUACGUUGGCACAGACACCCACUAUCACGACUUCACUCUCCUGCCAAGCAUAGAGUACAGCUAUGUUGUCAGGGCCAACAACAGCAGAGGUGCUGUAAGCAGUGAGGUAGCCACAGCAAAAACUCAUCCAUCAGUCCCAUCUGGUGUGGCUCUCCCAACGCUAACAUCACUGGAGGCAACCCGGGUUAGAGUAGAGUGGCAGACUCCAGCUCGACCUAAUGGAGAAAUAGUGAGCUACGCCGUGUAUCUGAGAGAUCCUGUCCAGCUCAACAUCACCAGUGCUAUCUUUACUCCAGAAGAUAGUUCCUUUUAUGACAAGCAAAUCAUAUUGCAUCGACUGAGUCCUUACCAUAGGUAUGAAGUGAGGGUAGAAGCCUGCACAGUGCUGGGCUGUUCUUCUAGUGAUUGGUCCUCAGUAUGCACGCUGGAGGCUCCCCCUGCUGGUCAGCCAGCACCACUCUUAGAUAUCACAACUGACCCUCAGUCCAGCCUGCAGACAAGCUUUCUUCUCACUUGGUCCUCCCCAGCUCUGUCGAAUGGUAGGAUCCUACACUAUGAGAUACACCGCAGACAAGACGCCUUGGAGACAGACAAGCCGGGUACAGCAACAUCUGUUUAUAAGAAUGUCUCCACAUCAUUCAAAGACAGUGGACUUCAGCCUUACACGACAUACAAAUACCAGGUGUGGGCUGUAAACUCAGCUGGUAACACCUCCAGCCCAUGGGUCAGUGGGAGGACUGGACCUGCUCCGCCUCAGGGUGUGGGCCCACCUAUUGUCUUGGAUGUUUCAUCAACUUCAGCUGUCGUGGACAUCCUCCCCCCAGCUAAACCCAACGGGAUUGUAAGCCUCUUCAGAGUGUUUUCCGAGGACCAGGACAACCUAACUCUGCUAUCAGAGGGAACAUCCCAUCAGCAGACACUCCAUGGUUUACGUCCUUACACUCAGUACUGGGUGGGAGUUGAGGCUUGCACCUGUUAUCAGUGUUGUAGCCGGGGUCCAGUGAUACAGCUUCACACCCUUGCUGCUCCGCCAGCCGACCAGCGUCCCCCUCGGCUCAUCACCCUGACCUCUCGCUCGGUUCAGAUGGAGUGGGACGAGCCCAUGAAACCAAAUGGAGUCAUUGACAGCUGUGAGCUUCAUAUCAGGUCCACCUGCCCACAGCCCCCACAGCCCAUCCCUUCAGCCUGCACACAGGGACCAACAGAAAUCUGCUUUUUUGGCAAACAACUGAGCUAUAAUGUCACAGGUCUCAGACCAUACUAUACCUACGAGCUGAGAACUGCCUGCUUCAAUAACAUGGGCAGCACUGCCUCCAACUGGACAACCGUCAGCACACUCAGCGAACCACCGCAGUACGUGUCUCCCUUCUCUGUGGACAGCAACCUGACAGUAAUCUGGCUGGACUGGACCAGGACCUUUUCCCUCAACGGGUACCUGAAGGAGUUCACUGUGAUGGAGAGCCAGCUCAGAGUUUACACAGGCUUCUACAGCUACCUUCACAUCCCGCGCACAUCACAGAAAACUUUGUCGUUUCAGGUGACUUGUGUCACAGACAGCGGCAGUGCCAGCACGCCCACCAUCAGAUACAGCCCAGCCACAGGCCUUGGUCCUGUUGAGCCUGUUGAUGGUGAUAAGCAGGGUGUCAGCAUUUCAGCAACACCUGUUUACUCUGAGCUGUGGUUCAUUCUGCUGUUCGCACUGCUGGGUCUGUUCCUGCUUGCUUUACUGAUUGGCUUACUGUUAAAAAGAGUUUUGAGGAAGAAUCCAUCAGCCAGAGAGCGCCCUCCACUGGUCAUGCUUCAGAAGAGCAGGAAGGCCGGAGGAGACGCGUACUCGUUUGACACUGUAGCAGACUGUGUUGAGAUCAGCAACAUUAUACUUAAAAGCUACACUGUGUACACAGAGGGUCUGACAGACACAAAGAUUGUUGGCAGCAGUUCACGCUAUAGCCCCAUGUCUGUCCUGCGGGCACCCAGUCAAACUGACCUAACUCAAGCCUACUCCCAGCAUUCCCUGCAUCGCAGCGUCAGUCAGCUGAUUGACAGGAAGUCACUGAUGAUGGACGAAGGAUGUUGGGACAACCCAACGGGAUAUGAUUCUGGACUGUAUGUGGAGGAAGAUGAGCUUGUGGACGCCAUCAAGGCCUUGACUUCUGUGAAAAAAGAGCACACCAUGUUUACCGACACUCAUCUUUAGGCUGGUAACGGCAAAAUACUUAAGCUGUUUGGUGUCCUGUCGUAUUCCCACAAUGUGUUUGACAUGAAGUAGAGCAAAGCAACCUUCGCUUUAGUAGAAUCAGGGACAAAACAGUACUUAGA